CGUGACACAAUCGAAUAUUCCAGCAAAGGAUUGAUCGGCUCACCAUGUCGGACGACGAGAAGCUCCACAGCGGCUACCACGGCUGGAUGAAGACGAUCCCCAAGACGUCGCAGGACUUCACUCCCGUGCGGAUCGACAACGCGGCGGCGGUGACGGCUCCUAUUAGUCGGAGCGACUCUAGCUCGGUCUGGAACAGUGCAGGCACUUGGGAGGAGCGCGACAAGUCCGAGUGGGCUCGCGAGCGGCUCAAACAUCACAUCCUUGAGUCAUUUAGCUUCGAGGACGAAGCACAGGGACUGUCCAUCAAGGCCACGUCCUUUGCACGCUGCGACGGUGAGGCCAAGAUUGUCUUUAGUCGCGGCAAGAAGCGCUGCGGCUAUGAGCUGUCCGUUAAGUUCGCAUGGGAGAGUGGCGAUGAUGUAUCGGGUCACGUCGAGCUGCACGACUUCGACGACACGAGCGGUGAAGAUUACGAGGUGCUCGUCACGACGAACGGUAGUGGACAGCGCGCACUAGCAGCCAAGAAGUUGGUGAUUGGCAAGGAGCCCGAGCUGCGCAAGCUGCUUGCUCUUUGGAAGCAGGAGCUGUUGCAGCAAUAAAUCAAUACAUUUGUGUACACCUGCGCGUGUGCGUCAUUCAACACGACUAAAAUGCAUGUGGACUACUGUCUAUCGGCGACGUGGAGGCACCAAUGAUUCCUUUCGGAUGCUGACAAGAGACUGCUCCAUGAGACUCGAUAGAUCUGCCAUGGCGUUGGAUGCUCGUCGCGACUGUGGAUACAUCAUGCGGUAUGAUGCGUCUGAGUCCUCUUCCGUUCCCAUAGACGAUGACGACAUGUGCAAGUUCGUCUUUGAUGAUACUCCAGUGCCACCGUUCUUCAUGGCUAACUUGGCUUUCCUUUUCCACUUACUGACCUGUAUCACACAAACAAUUAACAAUCUGCCUAUUAAAAUAGUCGGUAAAUACCUACAGUUUCUCGAAGUUCAUCAGUCUCUUUGUUCAGCUUUUGCUGCGCUUCUUUCAAUUCGUCUUCAGUGCGU